AUGCGGAAGAUUUUAUUACCAGUUUUCGUGUGUGCUGUACAAAUUGCUCUGUGCUCCUCAGAAGCGUCCUUUCCGCAGGACACCUAUGUAAAUGCAUUGCAGAACUCACAUUCAACGGAUUUCGAUAAUGGAGGCGGCUACCAAUACAAUCCUCCCCCCAAUAAUAACUACCUUCCACCGCCGACGGCACCUGCUCCCGUCUAUGGGCCACCACCACAGCAGCCACAACCUGUUUAUGGCCCUCCACCACCUUUUUAUAAGCCUGCUCCACCAAUUCCAUAUCAAUCGCAUGACUCGUGGUUCUUAGAGAAACUGAAAUCGAAAAUAAACCUCUUCACUUUGGGCAAAAUAAUGUUAAAAUUAUUGAUUUUCAAAAAGAUUGUCAAAUUUAUCGGCGUGAUUUGUUUGCUUUUGUUUUUGCCAAAGCUGAAAAAUAUGUUUAAGGACGAUGUAUCUAUGGAGGAUGUGGAAGGAAUGGAAAGCAAGCAUGGUGAAACAGAAAAAGAUAAACUACAACAGCAAAUUGAUGACGCCUAUGAAUUCAUAAUGAACUCAAUUGAAGGCUUUGAGAGAAAACAUUUGUAAACUAAGCCAACCAAUGUGUUGCAAGUGUUUCUAACUAUCUAAUACCAAAAAUCAAUCUAGUAUAUGGAUUCAUGAGACAUAAUAGCAGCCAAACUUCAGCAAGCCGAAGAUGUAAAUAGUUCUUGUUAUCAAAUUAAGAAAGUAUUAAUUUAUUACUGAAUUUAUGCUAAUCUGUUCUAUUAUGAAUUAUUUAUUUUUUCUGUUUAUGUUUAAGAAAAGAAAAGUAGUUAAAAUUAUAAAAAUACAAACCCAAAAAUUGUUCUUGUGUAAA